CGAGGCCGAGCCCGAAAUAGUCCAAGGAUUUGUGCUGCUACUCGACGGCGUGAUACUCACUAAAUAUAAACUCCUCAAGAUUUUUUACUGGACACUCAUCACCGCCAUCGCCAACGCGACGCGUUCCUUUUCAACAGUUGGAGUUGCAGCACAUCAUACAAGGAAUACCUAUAGUGCUCUUGUGCUAAAAUGUGCGUCGCGUGAGCAGAGCUACAACUCUCAAGAUCGAUGUUGCGUCGAUCGUGGGCGCCGCCCUGUGUGCCCGGGUUGGCAGAAUCGGGCGGCCCCUUGCUGUAGCCCUGCACCUUAUCAGUAUGUCGGUCCGCAGCCGCAUGCUUCUCCUCUUGCUUGUCUGCCACGUCUUCGCCUUCCCGUUGGCGCGUGGCGGCCAGAGUACUGCUGCAGUGUCGGUACGACAACUGCCGCCGGGACCACAGAGCUCCGGAGAAGAUGUGGAUGACUGCCGCGGGCAAGAGGCUGCGAGCAAGUGCGUGCACGGAUGGUGCAACCAGCGGAGGGGAGUGUGCGUCUGCCAUGCAAAUUUUGGAGGAAAACGGUGCAGUGUAUUGCUCGGCAACGAGGACACGGAGACGCCGCAUGGCUAUCAGGGCAACGGAAUGACGCUACCAGAGCAGAAAAUUACUAGCAAAAAGCUACAUCCUUGAACUUCUGCCACUUGGUGUAAACCACGAAAGGGAAAUGAACCAAGUACAAGGCAAGCGCAAAUAUAGAAGAAAUCUAUAAAAAAUCGCUAUUGCCGGGCACCACUCCGGAGGCCGCCAAGUAAAUGUCUAUGACGAUUGGUCAUACUAGUACGACGUGUCAAAAGAGUUUCGUUGUGCCUGGCACUAAACUUUUUUCAUGCAGCCCAUGCUUGUCCAUAAGCAUAUGACAACUUUUACGAAAAGUAAAGACGUGCGAAAAACAUGCGAAUGAAAUAAAGCUUGUGCUGGCUUUUUUCGACAGGAUUGACAGAGCUGCCUCACUAUGUCACCAGUGACUCCCAGAGCGCUGGUGCGCCACAGCAGUUUCCUGGAGGAGCCGUGGGAGGAGACGCUGACGCAGAUGCCCCAAGUCCUUCCACGCUUACGAAAACAGAGGGUACGGCCAAGUUCAAUAUGACUACGGGAAACUACCAAACCAGCGGAGUAAGUGCUGCGCCACCCUCCGCGGACUUGCUGAUGAUCAGUGAGAAGCAAGGGGUGCGUCAGGAAAUCGCAGGUACCACCGUCGUGCCUCCUGCUGCAUCGGAAUCGGAUCAAGUGUAUAUAAUUGCUGUAGUGUUUGUCUUUGUCUUUGUUCGAAAUCCAAUCACAAGCAAUAGCAAUAGCACAAACCGACGCGAUCAUCGUCGUGUCCCUCCGAGUCAUUUGUGACUCGGUGUAGAUCGGACGACACUACGUGCUCAACCCCAAAUGGUGGCAAAAAAGAUCGUAUAGUAGCUGUUGAAGAAGAGAAGCUUUAGCAAGUUGAUGGAGAUGAUGCUACGGCAGCGGCUCAGUUUUAUUCUACAUCUGGCAAAUGUCAGUGGCACUGGCACAGUAGGUCGUAAUAAGUGACACUCACUGAUUAUGCAGGCACAUUACCGAGGGUGACCGCGCUAACUCGAAGGGAGCGGUCUCGGACACUGCGUUCGGGCAACGCGCUCAGCUCGACGAAGCUACGAAAUCGGGAAGCAGUGCGGCUGUUCAGCAGAAAGUGGACGACGUGCCCAAACCCUGGUCAGUUUUGAACCGCGCUGCGGAAUUGCAGUCGUCGCUUACACACCUCUUUGCAGCGAGUUCCUCUGAAGGCGCUGCUACAAAGUCUGCAGUGGAUACUCAUGACGCGGACGCCGGCUUCGUAAGCAAGGAGAUUGGGGCUGUGGCACGAGGGCCAGCAAUAUCCAGCAACCGCGACUCGACACGGGGUAGUCAUAGUGUUGCAAUUGCAGGAACCGCAACUGGCACCUUUUCCCCGUUUCGCUAUGUGCAAGAGGAGUGUCUCCGUCUCGAAGAAUAAAGAUGCAAGCUAGAAGAAGAGGAUGUUCAUCAGUCGCUCGACUCCAUUCUCGUCCUAGCGAUGUUGUCAUGGUCCUCGACGACCCACAGUUGGCAACAGUCCGUGGUCCACAGAGUCAGAGCCAGAACCUGAAAUUUCGCUAUGCAUGUCACUUGUUACAACCACAUUGAUUUUCGGAGCAGGCUUUACAUGCCGAUGAACAUUGUUUCCAGAAAUGGGUAGUAGUUGUUUUCCGUUCUACUUCUUCUGUAUUUUUCAUCAUGGAGAGUGGGAUGGAUAUGGAAGAGAACAGAAGAAGAUGAAGACUGCUGGAAGACUUGCCAUUUGUAAAUGCGUAAACCGUAUUAAACCUAUCCUGUGCAAAAGUAUCGUACUCGUAUAAAUCCGCUAGCGUUUCUGUGCAUAAAUUGCCGGAGAAGUCGUUGGGAAGUCGUUGGGAAGUCGGUCGCGAAGUUGGUGCGGAAGUCGGUGAGAAGUUGCGCGACGUGCUGGCGUAGUUCUCGCCUCGACGUCGCGCCACUCCGUCGCUGCGGUUUAUCUCGUGCUCGCUGCUUGCAGUUGCCACUGCAGCUGCAAGAGCUAGAAGGAACAGCGCUGUAGAUAAAUGGAACGAGGAUCGCGCUCUCGUUCUGCCCGUUUAUCUGCAGUGCAGUUUCAUCAGUUAGCACGACGGCAUCACGCGCAAAGCCGUAAUAUACAAGAGGCGGCAGACAGCGCGGCCGGCCGUGAUGUCUGCGCGCACGCACCUGUCCUGCGUGAAGCCAUCAAAGACGGAAGCGAAGGACGGCUUCCCUCGACGAUGGAGAGCUGCGCGCGGCUUGGGCGGACAAGCUUUGGACAUGUGCAAUUCUCCCUCGGCGUCAAUUGAUUAGCUAAUUGAUUAACUGCGUAUAAUUCACGAAGUUAAUUAAUUGAGAAGCUGCCUUUUAUUUUUUUGCACAAGAAAAAGCGACUUUGCGUGCGUCCUGCAUCAAUUAAUGCGCAAAUCAGUGCUCCACUUCUCAACAACCUCUCAACAACUUCCCGAUGCACUUCCCACCAGCUUCUCGACGAACAUCCUGACGAUUUUCGCGACAAGCUUCGAGCUUUUGGAGGCAUCAUGCAAGAAUUUUCAUGACGCCUCCAAAAGCCCAAAGCAAUCCUUUUAUGUGGAGGAUCCCGCAAGGAUCCAGCUGCACGUGAAAAAGAUAUUUUCAAGCCAUCCUUCACAACCUUUAGCAACCGAAGAUCACGGGAGCCGAAUCGUGACUGCGCAGGCACGCGGCCACGAAUCGAGGCCCGGGAUUUUCCUUUUGAGUUGUCCUAGCUAGAAGCUUGUGGGGAGUUUCGAGUGGAUUUCAGCUCCGCAUCAAGCUUCCGAACAACCGCGGCAAGCGGUCUACGCCAACUUCUCAACAGCUGGGAAGUUGGUGAAAAGGUUGGUCAGAAGUUGAUCACAAGUUGGUGAGAAGUUGGUGAGAAGUUAUUUGCAUGCCAGUAGCGUAUUUAUACGAGUACGAUACUUUUGCACAGGAUAAAACCACAAAAAUGACAAUGGAGCAACUUGUUCCUGAGAUGUGUCCUGCUCCGACAUUCCAACGAUCGCAAGUUCUUCUUUUGCAUUUUUCCCAGGAGGGGCUGAGACAGCACUUUUGCAUUGCACAUUUAUGUAGGCAGCACGAUUCCCACAAAAAAGCUGGAGCUCGAUCUCGUGACCGCAAUUCAUCCACACAAGCACGAACUCGGAAUCGCUACGUCUGUAGCAAAACAGAUAUGAGAGUGCACGAAUACAACUGAUGCUCCCCGAGCUGAUUUGUCAUAUGCACGACACUAAAGUCUACCUCUCCACUCGUUCUUUGUCUUGUCGCGGCACUCUAGAUGAGCGUCACAACUACUUCCGGAAACUUGAGCAGCAGUACCACGAGCUUGUCGAAUUUUCAUAGAGAUGCAUGAAUGAUGCAGCUGAGGCUUUUUUUUCGCAUUCAUUAGCCGUUGCAUCGUUCCGGACAAUGAAUUCUGUAUUAAGCUUCGCUUAUCGCUCUGGCGACUGGUCGUGGGUCUGGACAGCUCCUCCAUAUUAUAUUAACAGCACCGCUGCCAACGAGCCCCUCAGAAGUGCGGAUCCCCUGCUGUGGGAGGAAAUCCAAGAAGAAAUGACAGUGAUGUCGCCGUAGAUCAUGCCUUUGAAUCAAGUACUUACUGCGAAGGGGGCGUAGUUGUGCACUCUGAAGAAUCUCAUACAAAGCGUCCGCUGACAAUAAACGGCGGACGAAAGCAAGCACGUCUGGGCGGACCCCCGGAGGUGCUGCUACUGCGCAAAAGGGUGACCUUCACGAACACUUGCCAUCUUCGGCAAAGGCCCGCAUCGACGCUCUUUUCGCGAAAUCAGAUGCGGCGCAGAUGAAAGACGUUGCUCGCUCGUCACUGAAAGCUGGUCUCGAGAGCGCUGCAAGAACUUCAGUAGCAGAGGCGGAAUUACUAAUCAGCGACACCAAGCGGCAGAAGUAUAAUCCUGCACAGGCAGGUGGUCGCGUCGCAAAACGUGAUGGGUACGCGUCAACCAAAAGCAAGAACGGUACCAAGUCUACCUCCGGCCGGGCUGAGCGUAGUGGAACAAGUACUGCAUCGGCUGGCGGGGCAGCGGCUUCACCUCAGGUGACGACACUUGAUCUCAAAAUAGAGAAGCUGCCAAGACAAGUUCUUAACAGACCUAAUCCGCACAAAAAGAAAGCGAAGAAGCUGUCUUUUGUUCAAGUCCAAACGGAGGCUGGUAAGAAGCAUAUUGGGUCAAAGACAAAGCAAGAAGAACCGAUGUCCGCUGCCUGGCCUGUUUUUGGAGUGGCGCUGGCACAUAUCAUUCGUGAAAUUGUGGUUGCCCUCAUCUUCUUCCCAAAGUAUUCUGGAAAUAAUGCAUAACUUUAACUGAUACUCAUGUGUAAUCCUGUCUUGCAUGCAUCAAGGAAGUUGUUGAUGUUGGUUGUAGGAGUUGAUGAGGACGAUGAUGCUUUUACGUUUCAUGCUAGCGCAACAAGAGCAGCUUUUGGGGUUGCUCACUUCGCAGCAUGAGCAAACUCAAGCUGAUUCUGAGAAACAGUCGAAUGGAGCUGAAACAUCGUCGCAACAUCGCUCCCAGUCGGUUGCAUUGACGCAGGUGUCCUCGUCUAGCGGUCCUGCGCUCGCGCCAGCGACUAACAAUGCGGCGAUGAUUUCGGUACGGUCCGCGCGACACGGCCGCGGCGGUCUCGAUGAUGCUUUUGAGGCCGUUCCUGAACAGUCAUGGCUGAUGAAGAAUUCGAUGUCGCUUUUGCAGAACGAAGAAGCGAACACUUUCGCCAGCCUAAAUGCCAGGGGGCAGAAGGGGUCGUCCUCUACAACAGCCGGCGCGGCCUUAGUUCCUUGCAGCGGCAACGGCAAGCUGACAACAGUCACUGGGCCCGAUGGGGCGUCGACCGAAGUGUGCACCUGCGAUGCGAAAUACACGGGCAAAGCCUGCGACACGCCGCGUUGCGAGAAGGACUGCAACCUGAAGGGGUUGUGCGUCGGAGGCAUGUGCAUUUGCGGCCCGGACACGUUCGGGCGAGCGUGUGAUUUUCAGCGGUGUCCGCGGGACUGCAACGGGUUCGGAUACUGCAACACCGAGGGAAAGUGCGAGUGCAACCCGGGCUACACUGGACCAGAUUGCAGUACUCUGUCGCAGCAGGGCCUUGUCGUGACUCUGAAUUUACAAAAAGCGCGGCCACGUCCGAGUCCAACACCACUAAGUCUGAUAUCUACGCUCCGCAAGCUCAAGUCCAAGCCUUGCCCCGACGCCUGCAGUCACCGUGGCGUGUGCAAUGUCGGGACCUGCGAGUGUUACCCCGGAUACUCGGGCUUGUCGUGCCAGCACGCGUGUCCGCUAUGAGAGCGCACCGCUUGUUCCCCACCCCUUCAUUUAGUGGACGAGUGAGAGCCGGGGCACAGACACGCCCCCAACAGAACGAAGUAACGCCUAGACUGGUUCUCUACUUGUGCGAAAAUACAUCCCCCGACUGUAUUGUGGCAUUUGCCCCCUUCGAAGAUUUUCGUACAGGGUCACGCCGAACUAACGGGCUAGUAGGACAUGACAAUGACUCAGCACUAUGAAUCCUAGAUGAGAAGGAGGAUCGUGAGGGCGGGUUGUGCAACACCAUAUUUGAACGAGUGCUCACACAACGGGCACUGCAUGAACGGGCAGUGCAUGUGUUUCGAGGGCUUCAAGGGCGUGGACUGCGCCGCACGCAGCUGUUGCAACGGGCACGGGACCUGCGACCAGCCUGGGCUCUGCGUUUGCGAAGCCGGCUACUCCGGGGAAAACUGCGAGAACAGGGCGCUAGCACCGCCCGCUCCCGUGCUCGACGUGGCUACUUGCGACCCCGGCUGCGGUGUGAACGGUGUGUGCUCGAAUGGGAACUGUGUCUGUAAAACCGGAUGGAUUGGGGCUAGCUGCAGCACGCCCGUCGCAUCCUCAUGCCCAGACAACUGCAACGGUCGGGGUCUCUGCCUUAACGGCAAAUGCAGCUGCAAUCAGGGGUGGCAAGGCGAAAAAUGCGAAUUGCAGUUUCUGGCGGCGGGCGCGCCGGCCGCAGAUGCGGCCGGUCCGGGAGCGGGGGGAGGUGCGGGAGGUGGAACCUCGGAGGCGGGGCCGGCGGCGAUCACCGGGCUCGGGGGACCGCUGGCGGAGGUCUCAGACCAGGUCUGCGGACCUGACGGCGGUUGCAGCGGGCAUGGGCGAUGCGAUUCGAGUCGUGGUAUGUGCGUUUGCGAAAUGAAGCUAUGCCCCACUCAGAUGUUGCAAGCUCAGGCGUCAGACUGCAACUUCCUCAAGAGACAUUUCGUAGGGUACUGCUAGCGCAGCAUGUUGGUUUUAGUGUCUGUUACGAUGAACAUGAAAUUAUAAUGUGUAUUGCAAAGAGCCUGGACAAUUCGAUGUCAGGCAAUUCUUUAUUCUACGCGGCACGACAACGACUACACGUACAUGAAUCAUGGUUGGGGCAGAUGAAAUUCUGAACACUUGAGUGGGCCAUAGUAUUGGACGGGGGAAUUUUGCCAGGCCCCGCAGUGCCCCGGAAGAUACGACGAAACGCUGCGGAAGUGGAACGCUUGCCACGGCCAGGGCGUGUGCAGUGAAGAAGGAACCUGUACAUGCGCGGCGGGCUUCGGGGGGGACGACUGCUCUACCCACCAAUGCCCCUACGACUGCGGUAGUCACGGUGUCUGUGGAAGUGACGCUACGUGCCUGUGCGAUCCCGGUUGGGCUGGAGCCAAUUGCCGGGACCCGAAGUGUAUCCUGUGCAAAAGUAUCGUAUUCGUAUAAAUGCAAGUCUUGCAACAUUACAAAUCUUGUUACGAAGGUAAAUCCGCAUGACAAAUUCCAUUUCUCUUGCUGAGGAAAUUUGUAAUGCAUUUAUACGAGUACGAAUACGAUACUUUUGCAGUUCAUAAAGUGCAAGAACGACUGCAGCAGCAAUGGCGAGUGCGUGUUUGCGAUGCAAGACUCACCCGGCGAGUGCCGCUGCAAAGCGGGGUUUGCUGGAGACGAUUGCUCGACGAAAAGCUUCGAGACCACACUGGCCCAGUGCCCGAGCGGGUGCAGUGGCAACGGGCUUUGCCUGAUGGGUCAGUGCAGCUGCCAGCCCGGAUUCACGGGUAGCAUCUGCGAGGUCCAGGAGUGCCAGGAUGCGAAGAUGAUGGGUCCCAACUGCGACCUACCGAGGUGCCCCAGCGACUGCUCCGGUAACGGGGCCUGCAUGAACGGCCGAUGCACCUGCUGGGCCGAGUACCUCGGAAACGAUUGUAGCAUUCCCAGUACCUGCUUUGAGCCGUGCAAAAGCAAGUGUGAGGUCGACAGCAGCUCCGAAGCUUGUCGGUUCUGCGUGGGGCAAUGCUCGAGCCUUGCGGCGCACCCAGUCCUGGGCACACACUCCCCGUUCGAAGACCUGCAGUCCAGCCUGUUGCAAGAGCAGCCGGAAAAGAUUCUGCAACCGAUGAAGAGUCGCAGAAGCGCCGACCACGAAGAGGUAUACGCUCGGGACGUCGUGUAUGGCAUGUAG